AUGGGGCGGGCGCUCGGCAUCCUGCGCUGCUGCCUGGCGCUGGCGCUGGCGCUGCCGCCGCUGCCCGCGGCCCCGCGGGGCCCCGCGCUCCGCCCGCGCCGGCAGCCGCGCCCCGGCGGCCGCUCCGCAGACACUGCCUGUAAGAACCGGCCUCUCGACCUCCUCUUCAUCGUAGACAGCUCCCGCAGUGUGCGACCCGAGGAGUUUGAGAAAGUGAAACUCUUCCUGUCAGAAAUGAUCGAUACCCUGGACGUCGGUGAAAGAACGACGCGCGUGGCCGUCGUGAACUACGCCAGCACCGUCAGGGUGGAGUUUCCCCUCCGGACCCACUUCGACAGAGCCUCUCUGAAGGAGGCUGUGUCCCGCAUUGCGCCCUUGUCUGCUGGCACCAUGACCAGCCUUGCCAUCCGAACUGCCAUGGAAGAAGUCUUCACCGAGGAAAUGGGCGCCCGGCCAGCAAGCUUCAGCAUCCCCAGGGUGGUCAUUGUAGUGACGGACGGGCGGCCGCAGGACCAGGUCCAAGGUGUGGCGGCGAGCGCGCGGACGGCCGGCAUCGAGAUCUACGCGGUCGGGGUGGGCCGGGCGGACGUGCAGUCCCUGAGGAUGAUGGCCAGCGAGCCCCUGGAUGAACACGUCUUCUAUGUGGAGACCUACGGCGUGAUCGAAAAGCUGACAUCCAGAUUCAGGGAGACUUUCUGCGCCUUGAGUGUGUGUGCCCUGGGGAGCCACUGCUGCCAGCAGCUCUGUGUGAGUGAUGGGGCAUCCCACCUCUGUGACUGCUAUGAGGGAUACACCCUGAAUCCAGAUAAGAGAACCUGCUCAGCUGUGGACCCAUGUGCACCUGGGAGGCACGAGUGUGACCAGAUCUGUGUGAGUAACAACAGAUCCUAUGUCUGUGACUGCUAUGAAGGCUACACCUUGAAUCCAGACAAGAAGACUUGCUCAGCCAUGGACAUGUGUGCACCUGGGAGGCAUGACUGUGCCCAAGUCUGUCUGAGGAAUGAUGGAUCCUACAGCUGUGGCUGCUAUGAGGGAUACACUCUGAAUCCAGACAAGAAGACUUGCUCAGGUAAGAGUGUGUGUGCACCAGGAACCUAUGGCUGGUACCAGGUCUGUGUGAGUGCACAGACCUGUGACUGCUAUGGAGGCUUUAUCUUAAAUUCAGAUGACAAAACAUGCUCAAGAGCCAUAACGAGCAGUCUUGUAACUGCUGAAGAGUCCUGUAAGUGUGAAGCUAUAGCUGCCCUCCAGGACUCAGUGACCUCACGCCUCGAAGCUCUGUCCACAAAAUUAGAUGAAGUGUCUGAGAAGCUGCAGGCAUAUCAAGACAGACAGCAGAUUGUCUGAGCUAUCAUUUUGCUUCAUUUUAAAGUAAUCUUUCAGAAUCAAGCCUUUUUAUUGUUUUCAGGAAGCUUUAUUUCAUUGCACAGCUUACAAAACAGCAGUGGUUUAUUAUUAUUGACAAACAUGGAGAAGACUUCAGGAAGACAAGAGUCUUGAAAAUACAGUGACACUAAGGAUCUUCAUGUAUAGUCACUUUAUAGCCAUAAAGCUACUCAUCCCUGCUGUGCUUCAGUUUCUACGGCAGAUACUGCUUUUCUGUAGUAACUGCAUUUUUUAUUCUCUUACUUCAAAGUAAAUACAGAAAAAAAAAGAAUGGAUACAGUAUAUCACAUUAUAUAAAAUUUUGAAAUGGCAAGGCACAAUGAAAAAAUGUGCCUAUGUCUUCUGUCAAUUAAAUGGGGAAG